AUGGAAUUAUCAUCUAGUCUUAGUCUGGACAGUCCAUCAGGAUCCUUUCGAUGGGAUAAGCGGUCAAGGAAACCGACAAUUGUGGUUACUAGUAUGGAUAACGACUCCACGGAAGCGGAAGAUGAUUUUAAUGGUGAAUUCGAUGAUUUCCCACCUUCUCCUCUUAUUGCACAUCGUAAACAACCAAUCAUUGUUUCCCAGAUGCCAACAUCACAUCCGGAUGAGCCAUACAGUUUUCUGGUAACUGUAAAUGAUGAGAGCAGUGAUAUACCUUCUUCCUCUUCUAUUUCUUCCAAUCAGCCAGAUUUGACGAAUGAAAGUGCUUCGGAUCAUCAAAUAACUAAAUACCGUGGACUAUCAUUAGCGGGUACAAGUAGUGAUUCGCAUGAAAAUGAAAAGGAAAAAUCAGAUGAAAGGAAAAAGAAAUCAUCAUUACAAAACUUGAGACUUUGUAAUAUACAGGCAGAACAACCAUUAAGUAGACAUCGUUCUACGGAAACAUUGCCUUCUCUUACAUCGGCACAAAUUCACUUAGUACGAAAUAUUUGGCGUCAAGUUUAUGUGACAAAAGGUCCAACGGUAAUUGGCUCAACUCUGUUGCACGGAAUAUUUUUCAAGUCGAAGAAAAUAAAGGAUCAAUUCUUUAAAUGUCCUUUUCCUCAUCAAUUUCCCAAUCGUGACAGUUUCAAUAAUGCGCAUGCAAAGGCUAUCGGUGAAAUGUUGGAUAAGAUUGUUGACAAUUUAGAAAAUUUAGAAUCAGUUUCCGGAUAUCUCUUUUCUAUUGGUGCUAUACAUGCAAAUUUAGUUCGACGGCAAGUGUCGAGGGAAAUCUGGAAUUUGAUGGCGGAAACGUUUAUCGAUUGCACUUUGGAUUGGGGUGAUAAAAAAGGCCGAACGGAAGCUUCGAGAAAAGCAUGGGCCUUCAUAAUCGCCUUUGUUAUAGAGAAAAUUAAAAGAGGACAUUUACAUGAAAGGCGACAAUUAGCCCACCAUAAACGAUCAUCAGUGGUAGCACCAUCUCAGACGGCAGUACCAAUCACCUCACUCCCAACUUCCGCUCCAACUAUUCGAUAGUCAAAGCACC